AUGGAGUCCUUACUGUCUUGGAAACGACUUUGCUACCUGCUGAUACUUCUGAUCCUGAUCCAAUUCAUCGCUCAAUAUCGAGGACUCGAUGGAAGCUCGACUUCUCCUAAUCCAUUUACAUCACAACAACAGAUUCCUCUUAACCCUGAAGGAGAGCCAGCCGAUGGCCUCACGCAGACGCAAUGCGACAAGCUUUUUCCAGAACUCUAUCAAGAAGUGGAUCGGGCGGUAGCUUACUGGAAAGGACGAGGUCAUACCAUCUCUCCCCAAGAUGUAGACGUGUCUUGGCGUCAUGGCGAUGACGAGAAUCGAGGAGGCGCCAUUCGCAUACUCAUUCACAACAACGAGCUACGAAUUGUGGAGAGCAAAGAUCCUACUAUUGGCCACAUAGGACAUCGCGGGAGGGAGGUUGGAUUUCUGAACAUCCUUCAACGUGCUAUUGACAGCGCAACGGCUGGCGGAGAGAAGCUGCCUACUAUUGAGGCCGCAAUCAUCACACAGGACAUUGCCACCAAUCUACCUCCUGACAGCAGCCAUGCCAUCUGGACAUGGACGCGGAACGUCGAGAAUGAGGCUCAUAACCGGCAUUGGCUCAUUCCCAACUUCGACUUCUGGUACUCCUCGCCCAUGGGAUCAUACCUGGAUGCGCGUCGAAGAGCGGUGCAGUACUCGGCGUCCUUCUCCGAGAAGAUACAGAAAGCGGUCUGGCGAGGUACUGGUUGGGUGAAUUUCAAGCUUAGGGGUGCGCUUGCCGACCUUGCGAAAGGCAAGGACUGGGCCGACAUCAAGAUUCUGGACUUUGGUGGUCCUGAGAUGGAGGAUGGCCUAGCGAUUGAAGAGCUCUGCAAGUAUGCCAUGACGGUCCACACGGAAGGUGUGAGCUAUUCUGGUAGAUUGAAGUAUCUCUUCAAUUGCGAUUCCUUGCCAAUCAUACAUGAGCUGGAAUGGAUGGUGUAUUGGUACGCUGCCCUCAAGAAAGAAGGUCCGCAGCAGAAUUACAUUCCGGUCAAGCGAGACUGGAGCGAUCUGGAAGACAAGGUGAAAUAUUACCUCGCGCACCCUGACGAAUCUCAACGGAUUAUUGACAACCAUUUGGCCACAUUCCGGGACAAGUACCUCACACGAGCCGCGACUUCAUGCUAUCUGAGGAAAUUGAUCCAAGGGUAUAGCACCGUCGCUUUUACACCAGAGAUCUAUCGCCCUCUCGGGCAAGGCGAUGGGAUUAAUCGCCUGCGAGGAAUCUCUUUUGAGUCGUUCACCGACAUUCCAAGAGACUUCAAUGAGAGUACUUUGAGGUUGCUCGAUGUUUGA